AUGUCUGCUUUAUUCAAUUUCAGUUCCUUGUUACAAGUCAUAUUGCUGCUGAUUUGUUCAUGCACAUACGUCCAUACACAAUGGCCAUCCCUUUUGGAUCGUUAUAAGGACCACGAAGCAUUGGGUGCAUUCUGGAAAAUGGCCCGUAUUGGUGAGAGAGCAAGCCCCUACGUUAGUUUGGCUUGCAUUAUCAUGGCUAUAAAUCAAUUCAACAGUUGA